CAAAUGAAUCAUUAGGUACGAACAUUCUCCGUUAGCUACCAGAGAGUAUCCAUCAAAAUCAGCUGAUAUUGAACGAACAUGGUGUUUGAAAUUCAGGGAAAAUUUGCUCUCAUAACGGGUGGAGCUGCAGGAAUCGGUCUUGCGUAUACAGUAGAACUGCUGAAAAAUGGACUUGGGGGAGUCGUUAUAGCUGACAUAGAUGGUUUGAAAGGAUCUGAGGCGGUUGAUUAUCUCAAUAAAAAAUAUGGUGCAAAUAAGGCAGUUUUCAUCAAAACUGAUGUUACCAAAGCUGAUCAACUGGAAGCUGCUUUCAAAUUGGCAAUUUCGACAUUUAAAAAGUUAGAUCUGGUUAUUAAUAAUGCAGGAAUUAUGAAUGAUGCAAACUGGGAACUGGAAAUUGCAAUCAAUUGUAACGCUGUUGUCCAAGGUUCACUAUUAGGAAUGAAAUACAUGGGAAAAAAUAAUGGUGGUAACGGAGGAGUAAUAGUCAACAUUGCCUCGAUUCUAGGACUUCAGGAAUUGGAUGGGUGUCCUAUUUAUGUUGGUACUAAGCACUUCGUGGUAGGACUCAAUAGAUCAUUCGGAACACCUUAUUAUUUCAACUUGACAGGAAUUAAAUUCCUUACCAUGUGCCCUGGAGUGACCGAUACUCCCUUAAUUUCAGAGGCAUCGAAGUUUGCUCUACAAGGAUAUCCAGAUAUUGGAAAAGUGUUAGCUGAAGGACUUGGUUCUCUACCAGAGCAAAGACCUGAACACGUAGCAAUUGGAAUGCUCAAGCUCAUUACUGAAGGAGAAAAUGGAAGCGUUUGGGUUGCCGAAGGUGGAAAGCCUAUCUAUGAAGUGCAAAUUCCCGAGAGAACAUCACUACGAAAAAACUGAUUUCUAUUGGCAUAUGAAUUAUCUUAAUGUUUUCCACUGAUCUUCAGGAAUCAACAAUAACUCUUGAUUCAGUGCGGAAAGUGACUUUUAAUAGUAUCUUGCUUAAUAUCCAUCAUUAAAUAUUUUAAUGACGAGCAUUUAUUUGAAUCAACGAUUGGUUAGAAUAUGUUAGAAAAAUAGGCAAACAAGUUAUUUGUAGGUAUGAACAAUAAAAUUAAUCGCAUGAUGA